UCGAGAAGAAUAAGACCGCAGAAUUGAAGAUCGAGGGCCUGCGAAGACUAAAGAAUUUUCGAGCCUGGACAAUCGCGAUCGCGUGUGCGUGGUUAGUGUGCGUUCGCGAGAGAUGUGCCGCGUUUGAUUACUUGAUCAGAGAUCCAGGGCAUCGAAGGUCACCACUUUCAAUGGCCGUUAGACGCCACCUGCUACUGAUCCUGCUGCUGAUCCUGCAGCUGAUCGCCACCACGCCGGCGUCGCGCAGCCUCAGCGUUAAUGGCAACAACAUUUGGCGACGGGUGCGCCUGGUGACCAGCCAGGAAUCCGAUCGUAACGCCUACCAGGUGCUCAAGCCGAGUAGCCGUAAUACCACCAGCACCACCACUACCACCAGUACUACUACAAGUACCACCACUAGUACCACUACUCCGGCAGCUCCUCAGUCUCAGCGAUCUGCCAAACAAAUGGAUCUCAAUUUUCCGGGUGGCAAUGUCUCCAGUGCUGCCCGUCUCGAAAUGUCCACGGAAUUCUUUGUGGUACCCACACUAUCGGCCAGUAGUUCUAGCAGCACCACAUCCACAUCCACGACCACACCAGCCACGCCCCGUCGGAGUUCGGGGGCGAAGGCGCGAGCUGCCGGCACCACUGGACGGGUGACUCCCGGAAGCAGCUCCAACAGCACGCCUCCCAGCAUAGUGUCCACCCACUUGCCCUUCGCAGGCUUACGCAAGGAGCCGUGGGUGGUGCCGGUGCUAGUCCUGGCCACCCUCACCAUGCUUAUGAUGGCAGCCUUUGAGAUCUUUGUGCUCUUCAAGGCCUGGCGGACGUCGCCGUCGCGAAGACACCUUUUUCUGGGCCAGAUGCUGCUUCUCGGACUUUUCGCCUGCGCUAGCUUAGGGGCCAUCAUCACCGCUCAGCCCUCCUUGAUCAGUUGCGGAGCCAUCCGCUUCGGAGUGGGUGUGGCCUACGCCCUGGUCUUUGCCGCCCUGCUGGUCAAGUGCGUAUUUCUGAUUAGUCUGAAUGGAGGGGUGUACCUGCCAGCUCCAUACCAGGGAUUGCUACUCCUCUUUGCGCUGCUCAUCCAGGUGGCGAUCGGAGGUCAGUGGCUGCUCACUCAACCACCGGAGGUAUACACCACCAGUGUGCCUGUGAUGGGCAGUGGCUUCCUUAGCACCACGGUGGCCUCACAGACCAACUACUCGGCACUGUUUUACCCCACGUCCUACACCACGCUGGACGGCACUCCGGAGAUCUACACCCGGAUAGCGGCGGUCAGCACCGUGCUAAUACCGCUCUGCAAGACCCAGUUCACGGAGCUGCUCUUCUCGCUGAUCUACAUUAUCUUUCUGAUCGUCUUCAUCGCCGUACUGGCCAUUAAGUCGCGCGGCAUCCGGGACAACUACCGUGAGGCCACUUACAUUGGGCUGGCCAUCGGGGGAGCCAUCCCCAUCUGGCUGGGAUGGAUGCUAUGCGGGCUGGCCGUGGCCGAGCGGCAUAAGGACGCUUGCGUGGCCUUCGGCCUGGUAGCCACUUCCGCCACGGUCUUCUUAGUGAUGUUCAUGCCCAAGGGCAGACAACUGGCGGCCAUGGGCAAGGAGGGCCUCUACGUGGAGGACCGCGAGGAGCAGUUCAGUUCCCUGAGCCGCGCCGGAUCAGGCUACUCGCCCUCGUUCUUCCACUUCAAGCCCAUAAAGUACGGCGUGAUGAGUGGUUGCGGACUGCCCAACUCUGCAUCCAACACGGGCCAGGGGCUCAGCUCAAAACACUGCUCCAGUGCCAACAAUGGAGGUGAUCGGGUUGCUCUGGUCACCGCCGCACCGCCGAGUUAUACGCGUAUGUAUCACUAUUUUCCAGCACACCUGAGUCCGCACCCGUUCUGCUAUUAUCCUCCCGCACCACCACCACCACUGCCACCGCAACCACCGCCACCACAGCAAGCCGCACCGCCCACGCUCACGCCGUUGACCCUCAAACAGUUGGGCAACUCGCUAACCUCCAUGACACAAGCGGCGCAGUUGGCCAAAACGUUGCGCUACGCGCCAGGCAUGUUUAUACGACCAGACGAAACGAACCUCUACACCACGCUGGAGCCCACGUUGAGCAGCAAUCCUAAUGUGUACUUCCAGCGCAGCGGGGCCGUCCAUCCCGGCAUCCUGUACUGA